AUCUGGCAACAUUUUCGGUCUGCUCUGCCUGCCAACAACUUUACCUAAGUAUAGUUUUAGGCUAUGUCGUUGAAUUAUUUUGCAUUGAAAUUGAAAAUUAAGUUAUUAAACUCCUUACUUCUGACUUGUGGCUUACCCUUGGUUGCAACAUUUUUUGGUAGCAAUAGCUUAAAAUAAUACUUUCCGAAAAAAGGUAUAAAUUUCAACAAGUAAUUUCAAUUUCAUACACUUCUCAUAAAGAUGACAUCAGAUGGAACAACUAAACUGGAUCUCUAUGAAGAAUUUCAUGAGGGUCCCGUUGAAGGGAGCAUGAAUGUUCCAAGUUCGAAUAAAGCACAAGCGAUAGGUGAGCCUGACUUCAACACCCUUGAUGAGCCGAUUAGUGUCACAGUGUUAAGAGAUCUCAAAGCAGUUGGUGCAAAAUUCAAAAAUGUAUUGUAUCCUGUUGAAAAGAAAAGUUUACUCAAAGAAUGGGAUCUCUGGGGUCCACUUUUGCUCUGCACCUUUUUAGCUAUGUUUCUGCAAGGAGAUUCUUCAUCAUCAGAAUCAGAUGGAGGGCCGGAGUUUGCUGAAGUGUUUGUCAUUGUUUGGAUCGGAGCAAUGGUCGUUACACUCAACUCCAAACUUCUUGGUGGGAAUAUAUCCUUCUUCCAGAGCGUGUGUGUGUUGGGUUACUGCUUGUUGCCGACAGCCAUCGCCCUAAUCGCGUGUCGUCUUAUAUUGGUAGCUGAACAGAACAACUUCCUCUUCAUGUUGCGCUUCAUGGUCACCAUGAUGGGCUUUGCUUGGGCCACUUUCGCCUCGACAUUAUUCCUGGGUGAAAGCCAGCCGGUGGGGCGGAAGGGCCUUGCAGUUUACCCGAUAUUCCUCUUCUACUUCGUCAUAUCAUGGCUAGUUCUCUCACACAACGUGGAUUGAACCAGCCGCCUUCAGUAUUGCAUGUAAAUAUUUUAUAAAUAACUUCAUCGCUACUCCAUUAAAGUUUGUGCUGUGGGAUUUACAUUAUUGAAAUUUGCACAAAAGAUCUCUGUGGAAUAGUAGAUGUUUUAAGGUUGAAAUGACAGUUUUAUUGAGCGACUAAAUUUAAUAACAUUCCGUGUACUUGUACUAUUUUUAUUUUGUGAAUAAGGUAAAAAUUUAAAAAUCUUGAUGUGUUAGGUAGUUUGUGAAAUAAUUCUUAAAUGUAAUUUUAGUCGAUUUGUACUCCAAGAAACUUAUGAAUGAAAUUCACUGUGGUAGAUACCUUUGGUCGGAAAAUUAUUAAUAAUAAAAAUACAUUGUUAAACAUAUCGGGAAAGAUAAUUCAACGUUCUACAGUAGUUAGUCAAUUAUUUUCAUUAUAUAAGUUUUCCAUCUGGUUCUAUAUAUUUAUUUAAUAGUAGCUGCAAACAAAAUUUUAUUUGUUGGAAAUAAAAGCAUAAACUAAUAUAAUAAGAAACAGUUUAGAAAUAAUAUUUAAACUUGAGCUGGGUAUUUUAAAUAAACUUUAUAUUGAAGGCUUUAUAUUUAGGCAUAUAAAUUGUUUAAAGUUCCUGAGUGGUUGCUGCUGUGUAAAUUUUGUACAUAGGUACCAAUAAUAAAUUUUAAC